AUGCAUUACCAGAGGUACAAAGACAACAAACCUGAACGUUCACGGGGGGCCAGCAUUGGCAUUGGUGCCGCCAUCGCACACCGUCUUGCACAAGAAGGCGCAAAUCUCAUCCUUUUCUCACGCACCGAGUCGAAGCUGAAGUAUCUAUCCGAGGAAAUACAAUCCAAAAUCGACACGAAUACUAUCAAGAUUUUUACCACAGCUGUGGACGUUGCCAGUCAUGUACAAGUGACAAAGGCUGUCAGCAAUGUGGUGAAACAGAACGGACCUAUAGACGUCCUCAUCAAUAAUACGGGUCUCGCCCUCAGAGCCCCUGCUACUUUUCCAGAUUUGAAGAUUGAAGACGUAGUUGCAAUGACCGAAACGAACGUCAAUGGAUAUUUAUUCGCCACGUAUGCUGUGCUCAACGAGGGUGGCAUGCGGGAAAGAGGACAGAGAACAAUACUGAACGUAACGAGUACGACGGCGAUGGAAGCCCCACCCUUCCCUAGUGAAUCCAUCUACUAUGGUAGCAAGCGAUUUCAGGAAGGGUUCACCGACGCUCUGCGGACAGAAUUGGCAGGGACAAACAUCAAGGUUCUCGCCUUGCGACCGGGUGUCGUGGCUACACACUUCCACAAGCAAAGGGUCGACUUUGAUAAAGAUGCCUACGAUAGCUUCAUGGAAGGGUUCGAAACUUUACUUGCAGAAGAUGUGGCGGAGGCAGCUGCGUGGAUGUUAGUGCGAAAGAACGAAUCCUGGUGA